AUGCUUUCGCCUAGGAGCAGUAACUACGAGCGCUUGGAGGGUGGGCAUGGCCCCUCGAGGACGGGGUCACCCAAGAGAUUUGCAUGGAAGAAAUUUGCCAUCGCUGCAGCUGUGCUCAUAGGCAUAGUAUACCUGUUUGGGCCUCGGGAGACGAAGAAUCUACCCUGGAAGUCAAAAACGACGCCGACAGAUUCAUCCACGUAUCCAUACGAGGACGAUGUGAAAGCAGACCCGGAGCCAAUCGCAGUGCCACCAAAGAUCAUUGAAAAGCCCAAACCGACCGAACUCGUGCACCCAACGAGCUUCGAGACAGACCAUGACCCUGCGCGGACGACACAUUGCACAUCGCCGCACUCGCCAAACGACCCCAUCGUGCAGUACGCUCUCAUGAUCGACGCCGGGUCCACAGGCUCGCGCAUCCACGUCUACAAAUUCAACAACUGCGGGCCAUCUCCUGAAUACGAGUACGAGACGUUCAAGAUGACUCAACCUGGGCUGUCGAGCUACAAAGAUGACCCGGAGGAGGCCGCUCGCAGCCUCGAUGUGCUGCUCGACGAGGCGCUGAGAGUCGUCCCACUCUCGUUGCGCAAGUGCACCCCUGUAGCGGUGAAAGCGACGGCAGGUCUUCGUCUGCUUCCUGGAUCGAAGAGCGCGGAUAUCCUACAUGCCAUUGAGAAGCGACUGCGUGCCCAAUACCCGUUUCAGUUGGCCGCGAAGGAUGGUGUGGUUAUCAUGGAUGGCAAAGAUGAGGGCGUGUACGCAUGGAUCACUGCAAACUACCUGCUCGGGACGAUUAAGGCGGAUGCUCCGAAGGACAUGACAACGCACGCGGUGCUCGACCUCGGCGGUGCGUCGACGCAGAUCGUAUUCGAGCCUGUUUUUACGUCGCCGGACAAGCGUCUUGAAGAGGGCGAGCAUAAAUACGAACUCAAAUUUGGUGGCAGGACGCACACUCUGUACCAGCAUUCCUACCUCGGCUAUGGUCUCAUGCGUGCAAGGAUGCAUGUGCACAGUCUUGUUAACUUUAUGGCGUCGAUCAGAACGCCGUCGGAAAAGGAGAAGAAGGAGAAAAUCAUUGGCAACCCGUGUCUGGGCCGUGGAACGAGGCGUGUGGUGGAAGUGACAGAUGAAGUGACCCAGGUAACGAAGAACGUUACCAUGGAUGGCGAGGAAAUCGGUUCCUUUGAAGCCUGCGACCGGAUCGUACAACUUGUUCUUGCCAAAGACUCGAUCUGCGAAAUGAAACCAUGUUCAUUUAACGGCGUAUAUCAGCCAUCGUUGCUUGACUCUUUCCCUCACGGCAAAGUCCUCCUCCUCUCCUACUUCUAUGACCGCCUUUCUCCUCUCAUCCCAUCCGGCACUCCACUAACUGUAUCUACCAUCGCAUCGACCGCUCGUGACGUGUGCCUUGGCCCGACGAAAUGGCGCUCGCUGCCCUGGGGCAAAGACAAGGAGCUAAUGGAGGAGCUUGAGGGCCGCCCAGAGUGGUGCUUGGAUUUGACGUUCAUGCACGCGCUGCUUCAGCUCGGGUACGAGUUUGCAGACAAGCGGCCUGUCGAUAUUGGCAAACAAAUUAGAGGCACCGAGUUAGGAUGGUGUUUGGGCGCGACGAUUGAAAUGGUUGGAGGAGAGCUUACGUGCAGGGAUUAA